UGCUUUCAGGGAAGAAAAACAAAACGGACAGAAGGAAAGCGUGUUUUGAAAAGAUUGCGAGUGGUGCUAUUUUACCAAAAUCUGGGAAUGUAUUAUUUUCCCAUUUACUGUACAUUUGUCAGAUAAUUUAUAAUUAACUUCAGGCGUUUCUUGGGACUCGUGUUCCUCAUUUCGUAGUGUCCGGAUUUACGUUAAGAUAUACGGUACCUAAAGAGAACCAUACUGUUACUUUGAGGAGGGUUAUUUUUCAAAGCAUGAAGAAGAAACGUGGAAGACGGAGUGAGGAGACAGAGGUGCCGGAGUCAUCUAAGCAGCUGGAUAAUUAUGUCGUGGGACAAGUGUCAGGAAGUUUAUUUCCCAGUAAGACCACAGCAGAGUCCAGUACUCUGGCUUCUCUGUUCAACACCAAGGCGGGUCCUGCGGGUCUUGUCUGCGUGCCUGCGCCUAAGCCCGACCUCAAGAGGACACAGCAGACGGCUCAAGGCAGCAAUGCAAAUACAGAACGAAAUGUUUCCCCUCCUGCAAGGAAGAAGCAGAGGCUGGAAAGGGUGAAAACGGCUGCAGAGAAAAAAACAGAAGACAGGGAAUGUGCUUUGAAAAACGCAGACGAAGAAGAAGGUCAAAAGAAAGCGCCUGCUCCCUCUAAACAAAAACUCAGAGCUUCCGCCGCAUCCAGGGGGACGGAGCAGGCAGAGGGGCGACUCUGGCAGAGUAAGGUGGUUAACAAGGCGGAGGAGAGGAUGAAGAACAAGAGGACGGUGUUUGUAGGAAACCUGCCUGUGACCGUCACCAAGAAGAUGAUGAAAGCUGUGUUUAAGGAGUAUGGGUCCAUUGAGUCGGUGCGGUUUCGUUCUGUGGCACGCGAAGAUAAGUCUCUUUCAAGGAAAGCAGCAGCCAUACAACGCAAGGUUCACCCCAAACGAAACAGUAUCAACGCCUAUGUUGUCUUCAAAGCUGAAGAGGGGGCAGUGAAUGCUUUACAGAGGAACGGCAUGGAGAUUGAGAAAGGAUACUAUAUCAGAGUGGACCGGGCAUCCAAGAGUGCCUCAUACGACAACAAAAGGUCUAUUUUUGUAGGUAAUCUACCAUAUGAUAUAAAUGAGCUGCCGUUCAGGGAGCUGUUUGAAGAGUGUGGCUCGAUCGAGGCUGUGCGCCUGGUGAGGGACAGAGAGACUGCCAUGGGCAAAGGCUUUGGCUAUGUGCUGUUUGAGAGUGCGGAUGCUGUGCAGCUCGCACUGAAGCUCGACAACUCGGAGCUGAUGGGCAGAAGGAUCAGAGUGAAGCGUUCGGUCAGGAAGCAGAAAGAGAAACCAGCCGCCCCCGCCAGGAGCCCCAGGGGAGGUGCCGGGACGGGCCCCCGCGGAGCUGUGGGAGCCCCGAGGAGAAAACCUGGAUUCGGGGGCAAACGGGCCCCAGCACCCUGGGGUGACAACUCCAUCCCUCUCAGGGGCAGACCAACCAAAGCCCUCCCGGGACCUUCCUUCACGGGAGAGAUGGCCAAACCAGGAAAUGAAAGGAAGAAAAACAAAGGACUUAAAAAGAAAUUCAAACCCAAGAAGGGACAGAAGUUUAUUGAUAUUUGAUGUGGUUUUCUAAGGUGUUCAUUACCGAUCAUCCUUUGCACCUGUAGAACUCUGUUCGUCUCACAACAUGCUUUUGUACUAGUGUUCAUAUUAAGACCUUGAACUGAAAAUAAAGCAGAUUUCUUUUUAAUCAA